UGAGCUUUGCUAUAGCAUCCAAGACAAAAGAGCUCACUCUCUUCCUAUCAGAUCACAGGAUUAAGUCCUUCAUAAUGUACAAUGAGGGGUCCUAUCUUUUCACAAGGCCAAAGGAUUUAUACAAAUUUCCCUGCCACCUCUUUGAUGCCAGCAACAGCUCGUACUUGCGCGGGCUGCAACUUGCUUCUGUCUACCUGAAGCUGCCUGCUGAUUUCAGCGGUAUUCGGAACCUCAGAAGGCUUAGCUUGGUAGAUGUCGAUGUAGCAGAUGAAGAUCUCGAGAGUUUUCUGUCCCACUGCAGCAAACUCCUGGAGUUUCUUGAGAUUGCCUACUGUGGAACGCUCACGGCAAUACGUGCAACUCGUCUACUGAACAAGCUGAAGCAUCUACGAGUGGGAGUCUGCGACUUACUUGAGAAGGUGGAGAUGAACUGCUGCUGCUUAGAAACACUUGAGUACAUUGGCCCGAUGGUAUCUCUAGCAUUUACAGAAACGUCUAGCCUGAAAGAUGUGUGUAUCAAGUUCAUGGAUAUUGAUGCUGGUCUUGACUACAUCAACAAGGGGUUCCCUAGCACUUUGACAAAUGUUGAGAUUCUCUACCUGCACUGCAUAGACCGUGAGAGGGUAACUUUGCCUCUAAGGCCUCUCAAGUUCGUUCAUCUUCGGCAUUUGAGAUUGGAGUUAGUUAUUUCUGAACGCAAAGACAGGAAGACGGAUGUCCUUGGUUAUGCCCGUCUCUUGGAGGUUGCUCCGUUCAUGGAAAGAUUGGACCUGCAUAUGUGGAUGGACUGUCCUCACCAACCAUAUGAUCGCAGGACAGAUGGUGAACUAAGGAGCAAACUUCCCCCGCAUCAGCAUGGCCAUCUCAAAUGGGUUGACAUCACUGGUUUUUUUGGCUAUAAAGAUCAGGUGUUGCUCGUGCUCCAAAUUCUUUGCAGUUCAGCUGUGCUCAAGAGGAUGAGAAUAAGUUCACGGGUGAUAAUAUUACAUGAACGUGCUGGCGAGAUGAUAGAGUAUUAUAGGACGCGUCAUGUUGUGGAUGGCCGCCUGAUCGCAAUGGAUUUAUUCAGUGGCGUAGAGCAUGCCGAUAUUGUAGAAGUUGUGGGAUCAUCUGAGGUGUCUCCCAAGCUAGGUAUUGCCCAUUAGGAGAACAUUAAAAAGUCGGGUGAAAUUCAAGGCAA